AAAAUUUUUUAUUUUGAAAUAUGAAGCACGAUUAGGACAAAGGAGUCGUUUCACAAAAAUAGUUGUGGUUGCCUGCCCUGCCCUGAGCAAAAAUGGCAAGCUCUCUACGACAUGGAUUCACCAAAGCCCGAUCACCUAUUCUCUCCCGGACCAGAUGGUUGUCGUCGGAAUCUCAGGCCCUGGUGGAGACCAGGAUCCCCGACGUCGGAAUCAUAUCUGGAAUCCCCGAACAGCAUCUCAAAAGAAGGGUCGUAAUUUAUUCUCCUGCUCGAACAGCAUCACAGCAAGGUUCUGGGAAAGUUGGGAAAUGGAAAAUUAAUUUCCUUUCUACGCAGAAGUGGGAAAAUCCAUUGAUGGGUUGGACAUCCACAGGUGAUCCCUAUGCCAAUGUGGGUGAGGCAGCGCUGACUUUCGAAAGUGAAGAAGCUGCAAGGGAAUUUGCUGAGAAACAUGGUUGGGAUUAUACGGUCAGGAAGCGUCACACACCACUUCUAAGGGUCAAGAGUUAUGCAGAUAACUUCAAGUGGAAGGGGCUACCGAAGAGCGAGGAGGAGUGAAUUGUGCACUUUAGAGAUCCCAAAUCUCCGAGGCCUGUGAGUGCCUGAGCUUAAUUUCUUCUCCAAUCUAGUUUUCCUAGACUGAAUUGUUUCUUACUUGUGUUCUUGGCUAUGCUUAUCUGAAAAUAAUAUGUAAUGAACAAGUUUCUACCAAGAAGUGCAAUAAUACACAUCCAAACCCUCCUCUAGAUUUUACAUCAAAA